AAGGAGAGGAUUACAUGUGCGUUCUUUGUAAAUGCCGCAGGGGGUAAAGAGAAACCGAUAGUAAUCGGAAAGUCAGCAAAUCCCCGUUGUUUUAAAGGCAUCAAAGAUCUUUCGAAACUUUCAUGCAUUUACUUUCAUCAAAAAAAGGCUUGGAUGGAUUUCGAUAUCCUAGACCAAGUCUUGACAAAACUGAAUCAGAGUGAAAGUCGAAGUGCUCUCUUGCUACUUGAUAAUGCAUCUUGUCGCCCAUACGACAUGAAAGGCAAAUAUCCGAACAAUAACUGUGUAUUUUUUCCUCCGAAUUGCACCUCGAGGCUCCAGCCUUUAGAUUUGGGGAUUAUUCAAUCCUUCAAGCUAAAGUACGUAAAGCUGAUGAUGACUCACGUGGUCAGCCUAAUUGAUGACUGUGAAACAGCUGGAGAUUUGUGCAAGUCUGUGAACGUACCACAGGCCAUCAGAUGGAUAGGACAGACCUGGGAAGCCGUAGAGCCAUCCACUAUAAUCAAGUGUUUUGUUAAUGCGGGAGUGCUAGACAAAGAGAGAAAUGUAGUUGAAGCUGUAGAACCGCCGAAUGACGAGGACCCAUUUGCAGACCUGGAAGAUGAGGUUUCUCAGGUUGAGACGUUACUGAACGAGUCAAGUGGUGACACUGCCGUGUCAGCACACGAAGCUAUUGCAAACGAAAGUCUUCUUCCAGUCUGUCAAGAGCUAGGUGAAAACCGGGAGGAAAGGUAUCUAUCAAGUUUGUCAUCAGACUCAAAUGGUGACAAUGAAGGUGCAGACAGUGACGAUGAAGAGAUCUUGGGGCUGGAUAAUCUUCACGCGCCAGAGCCGCUAAAAGUGAAGUCAUAUGGUGAGGCUUCUUCGGAACUUAAUUAA